AUGAUUAAUGCAUUUCCCUCUUUUACUACUGAGCACUCGAUAACCAAGGGCGCCACCAUUCUCGUCGCUUCCCACUGUGAUCCCUUGUCCAGCUUUCUCGUUGGACGCCUCACAAUCUUUUCAUGUCCGUCGUCGCCUGGUGCCGGCCCUACGCGCGUGGAGGCAUUCUCUGCCCCCAUUCUAUGCCCCCCUCCCCUCCCUCUCCCCUUCGUUUCCCGCAACUUCACGUUGGGCAGUGGCUUGUUCAGCAUGUCGCCUUUAAUGCUGAUGCUGAAGACGGAGCCCAGACUCUGCGCUGCCCGACCUGCCUAA